GCGGCGGGGCCGGGCCGGGCCCGGGGAAACCGGCACUGGAACGGGAAGGGCUCGAGCUGCUGCAGCACACGGUGGGCGCCCUGCUGUCGAGCUAUGGCUGGUACGUCCUCCUGGCCUGCGUCGCCGUCUAUCUCAUCGUCCAGAAGAUUUCCUCGCGAUGGAGGAUGAGGCCCAGCAGCCAGCGAGGAGCAGCUGGAGCAGACAUAGAGCCUGACAUGGUGGUAAGAAGACAAGAAGCUUUGUUGGCAUCUCGUCUCAGGAUGCAAGAGGAGCUGAAUGCACAAGCAGAAAGAUACAAAGAAAAACAAAGACAGCUUGAAGAACAGAAGCGAAGGCAGAAGAUAGAAAUGUGGGAAAGUAUGCAAGAAGGAAAAAGUUACAAAGGAAACCUGAAACUGAGUCAGCAAGAAGCAGAAUCUGGUGCCUCCACCUCAUCAGCAGUCCCGAAAUCUAAACCAAACAAGAAGCCCUUGCGAGGAGGUGGUUAUAACCCCCUGUCUGGAGAAGGAGGUGGAACUUGUUCCUGGAGACCAGGCCGUAGGGGCCCCUCUGCAGGUGGAUGAGGCUAACCUGCCUGGGGUCCCUUCAGCUUACCCACUGUCUGCCUGCCUACAGUUUGCCUGUCACACUGACUCCUUUGGGAUUUGUUUGAGCACAGGUGUUAACACAGAUUUACACCAUUUCUGAAUAUUAACAGCAGCUACACGAGAAAAAGAUCUGAUCCUCUCAGAGAGGAUGAAGGAAGAAAUAAUGUCAGUAUGAUUAGUCACUUUGUUUUCUCUUUAGUGAGAAAGCAGUCUCCAGCCAGGAUGAUCGUUUGUGG